CCCUCCCCGCCGCCGGCCGGCUCCACACGCGCGCCCUGCAGAGCCCGCAGAACUCCGGCGAGCCGGACCUGCCUGCGCCGCCCUCCUCCUCCUCCCUCUCUCCCCGCGGCUGCUGCUGCUGCGGCGGCGGCGGCAUCGGCGCCGACUCGGCCCUGCGCCCGCCCUCAGGCCCGCGCGGGCGGCGCAGCGAGGCCCCGGGCGGUCGGCGGCUGCCAGGCGGCGCGGCCGCGGGAGCUGCCCGUUCUCUGCCGGCGGAGGGCGGAGCGCAGCGCCGUAGCCGAGGGCGCGCCGCGGCGGGGCGCACGCAGGCCUCCGGGCCGCGCCGUGCUGGGCCGCGCUGUGCCCGGCCGGGCGGCGGCAGCCAGAGGAGGCCAGAGGCGAGCGCGGGCCGGCGGUGGGCGCCAGAGCUGCCCGCAGCCCGCAGGGAGAGCGCGAGCCGGCAGCCGGGGCUCGGCCGGGCGUCCAGACAGGUGAUCGGUGGUGCGGCAGCGGCCCCAGCCUCGCUCCGGGGUCCCUGUCGGAGCCGAUGCCCGCAAAUAUGCGGAAUUACCAGCCGGGUCGCUCCUAAAGCCGGCGCCGGGGAGCGAGCGCGGCGGCCAGCACCGGGAACGCACCAAGGAAGAAGCCCAGCCCCCGCCCUCCGCCCCUUCCGUCCCCACCCCCUACUCGGCGGCCCAGGAGGUUCCCGGCGCUGCAGGCGCGCUCUCCCUGUUCCUCCUCCUCCUCCUCGCUGGCGCCGCACUCACUGCUCGCGCCGGGCGCGCUCCGCCUGCUCCCAGCUCUCCGCGCCACCCUCCUCGGGGCCGGGUUCCCUGAGGGAUGGUACUGAAUUUCACCGCCACAGGAGCCCGGCUGGAGCGCCCGCCCUGCGGCCUCGCCUCCCCGCCGAGCCGCCAGCGCCUCGGGACGCGAUGAGGACCUGGGCUUGCCUACUGCUCCUCGGCUGCGGAUACCUCGCCCAUGCCCUGGCCGAGGAAGCUGAGAUCCCCCGCGAGCUGAUCGAGCGGCUGGCCCGUAGUGAGAUCCACAGCAUCCGCGACCUCCAGCGACUCCUGGAGAUAGACUCCGUAGGAGCCGAGGAUGCCUUGGGAACCAGCCUGAGAGCCCACAGGGCCCACGCCACCAAGCAUGCGCAGGAGAAGCGGCCUGUGCCCAUUCGGAGGAAAAGGAGCAUCGAGGAAGCCAUUCCUGCAGUCUGCAAGACCAGGACGGUCAUUUACGAGAUACCUCGGAGCCAGGUGGACCCCACGUCUGCCAACUUCCUGAUCUGGCCCCCGUGUGUGGAGGUGAAGCGCUGCACGGGCUGCUGCAACACAAGCAGCGUCAAGUGCCAGCCCUCGCGGGUCCACCACCGGAGCGUCAAGGUGGCCAAGGUGGAAUACGUCAGGAAGAAGCCGCGGUUGAAAGAGGUCCAGGUGAGGCUGGAGGAGCACUUGGAGUGUGCGUGCGCACCCUCCAGCCUGAGUCCGGACCACCGGGAAGAGGAGACGGGAAGGCGUAGGGAGUCAGGUAAAAAACGGAAAAGAAAAAGGUUAAAACCCACCUAGAGCGCCAGCCAGAUGUGAGGUGAGGAUCGGCAGCAGCCCUCUCCUGGGACACGGAUGUACAUGGCGUGUUACAUUCCUGAACCUACUAUGUACGGUGCUUCAUGGCCGGCCUGCGGUCUUUGUUCUCCUCCGUGAAAAACUGUGUCCAAGAGCACUCUGGAGAACAAAGAGACAGUGUACAUUUGUUCAGUGUGACAGCAAAGCGAGUAUUGUAGCACUCGGAGAAACUGUAAGCUUCCUUGUCAGAGAGAGAGAGAGAGAAAACAAACCACAAAACACGACAAACAAAACGGACUCAAAAAACAUCCAAGCCGUCGGCGGAAGGGCCGCCCCGCGGGGUGGAAGUGCAGUGGGCUCGCGGGUGGAUCUGUCUGGGCCGCGGUGCUUUCCCGGAGUCGGAGCCGGGCGUGGGGAAGCCAGGCCUUGGAGCCACCACUGGACGCCUCCUCGCCGCAGCACUCGAGUCUGUGGGACCCUCCCGGGAGCCUUAAGUGGGUUUUUUUACACCAUAAAGUGAUGGAGCUUUCCUUUUUACUCUUUGCCUAGCUUUUUUUUUUUUUCUUUCCUUUUUUUUUUAAUUAUCUCUUGGAUGACAUUUACGCCCAUAACACACGAGGCUGCUGUAACUGUCAGGACAGAGCGACGGUAUUUUUCCUAGCAGGAUGCAAACUAAUGAGAUGUAUUAAAAUAAACGCGGUAUACCCACCUAUGCAUCAUUUCCUACAUGCUUCUGGCUUCCUGUGUUUCCCCCUUGCCCCACGUACUUCGUAUUUUUCCAUUUAAGCCAUUUUGAGAGGACUCCAUGGGAGCCAUCGAUUGCUGACCUGGUGCCUGCGGCAGAGUGGCUUCCCAACGCGGACUCCCCACUGCGGUGGCGUCGGGGCAGAACCUAGAAUCUUUAUUUUUGGUAAAAUGUUGUGCUUUGCUUGUAUUAACAGAAAUGUGUGUGUGUGGUUUCUUUGUCCUUUUCAUUUUGAUUUGUAAAGGUGAAGUUUGUAUUUUUAAUAUUAUCAGUUUUAUCUACCUGCGAACCUGCUGUUUUUUUUUUUUUUUUU